AUAUUUCAUACAAAACAGAGUAAGUUCGGUUUGUAUAGAAGAGAGGUACACCGAAAGGUGUCUAUUUAGCAUUGUUUUAUUAUCAGAAAUGGAGAUUUUAACAUAUAAUCCUGUUGGUUCAAACAUUGAUCACAUCAGUGCCAUUAAACCAAUGGACUGUAGCUCUUCAAGCGACGACGAAGUUUAUAUGAACGACCUUGGGGACACUACCGGUGCCCCUGCGGCCACAGCGGAAGCGACUCCUGCGGAGCACAAGCCGGGAUUAUCUGAAGAGUUCCGGUUACCUUCAAGUACCAAGCCGACGUCGACAGAACUCUUCAUGACCACAAGAAGUGACAGUGGAGAUGACGACGAUGGCUUGUUUUCAGAGAACGAAACUACGACACAUGUAGGCAAAAUUGAAACAAACGACAAAAACUCUGAGAAUGGUAACAAAGGCGAGUUUGGUAGUUUAACCGAGGAAUUAUGUGAAUUGGAUAUAUGUUCUUCAGAUGAUGAAGAUAUAGGGUCCAAAUCUGCUGAGCAACUGUUUCAUCGUCAACAGGGAAGUAAUAUUCUUAACUCGUAUUCACACGCGACCGAAUUAUCAGAAGCUAAAACGAAAGUAGAAAAUGCAGAGGCUACAUGUACAUCGCCUAAUCAAACGCAAGAUAACGAAGUAAAUGCACAGCCCCAAAAAGCUGAUAACCCUAUAAUGGACGGAGACGACGAAGAGGAUCGCUGUUGUAUAUGUUUAGACACACAUUCAAACCCUAAAGUGCUUCAUAAAUGCUCUCAUAAAUUCUGCACGGAAUGUAUAGACACUCAUUUCAGGAUAAAGCCCGUAUGCCCGGUAUGUUUUGUGGCGUACGGAGUUAUUACGGGAAAUAUGCCAGAGGGACACAUGUCAGAUUAUGUUUCAAAGAAAGUUCGGCUACAGGGAUACGAGUCCUACAAUACUAUUGUGAUCAGUUACAGCUUUUCAGACGGCACACAGAAGGAUCACCACCCACACCCCGGCAUGGCGUACCAUGGUACUAACAGGACUGCCUAUCUCCCCGACAAUCCAGAAGGCAAAAAGGUGCUGAGGCUGCUGAAGGAGUCGUUCAAGCGCCGCCUGACCUUCACUGUCGGUCGGUCAGUCACAACCGGAUGUGACAACGUUGUCACGUGGAAUGAUAUUCACCAUAAGACGUGCACUAAUGGCGGGCAGGAAAAUUUCGGGUAUCCGGACCCUACCUACCUCCAGCGGGUCCAGCAGGAACUGGCGGCCGUGGGUGUCACAGAGGAGAGUCUGUAAUAGGGCUCUAACUAGUCAACAUAGUGUGGGAUUUUAAGGGCUAUGGGUCAUUUAGAGAGAUUAAUGAGAACUUUGAUCGGGGUCGGGGCCUCAUUCACUUCAAGAGCUAGUAUCAAAUAUAUUAGGGGUGGGGGGGGGGGGCACAUUUGGUUAGGCCAUUGGAUGAUUCAAUUUACGAGGGGGUGUGUAUUAUUAAAAAAACGAAAUGAGAAAGAGGGCGGGAGAUUGUACAUCCAGCCCACCUUACAAGCGGCAAGGGGAAAUAGCAGCGAAAGGAACAAAUGACCAGGUGGUCUCCAUGCUUCUCGAGUGUCCAAGAAGGAGGUGACACAGCUAAUAUUGUUCACUAAUUAGGCUUCUUUCUCGUGAUAGACUGAUUCUCUGUGAAAAUCAGACCAAUGUUCUUUAACUGCAUGUCCAAGUGUGCUGGUAAUUGUAAGUAUACUUCAUAUUUGUAUCAAGUAUGCUUACUUGAAUGAUAACUUAUAUGUACACUUACCAUGAUGUGCAAAAGACGUUUCAUUAAUGAAAAGUUACAAACAAGUUUUACGAAACAUCUUCAUAUUUUUUAAUAAAUUGUACGUUUGAUGAGAGACAUUCAUUACUAUAAAUAGCGAUCAUUCAGCAAAUAAAAGCUGUAAUGGUCACGUAAGAAAUAUUUCUUAAAUAGCGUGAACAUUGACUAGACGUUUUUGUGAUACUUAUUGUAUUUGUUUGUUAUUUUAUAAACGCAUGUAUCUUGAACUAUGUUACAGAGCGUAGUAAUAUUAUAAUAAAAAUACCAGUUGUU